UGGUAACAAACGAGAGCACAUUUCUAAUGGGUGGGGGGAAUGGAGGAAAGAGGGUGUCGAUUGACUUACUCACGACUACCUACGCUAAGAUUAAAACUAAACUAUUCACCCGUCACCCAUAUUCGAAGUAUUCUUUCCUAUCGUAACCAUAGUACCCACCACGACGAGAGACAAGAAUCUAGAGGAGUUCUCCUGAAAGCCGCCCUAUACUUGCCUUUGAUCACGUUAAGGCAGUGCGAGUACAGUUGAGCACGUCACUUGAUCACUGCAUAAUCUAACGAAACCUAAUUAUUUAUAUACGCUUGUAUAUAUAUAUAUAUACAAAAAAAAAAAAGGAAAAGAAAAUCUUGCCUAAUAGUUUUACAGGAAGAACAUAUCCUGUCUGGAAAUUACUACAAAAUCAAAAAUUUCAAAUAUUAAAUCUUAGAAAAACUGGCUUUUAAUCAAAGAUAAGAUCCUGUUUACAUAAACUUUAAUGUUUUUAAUAACUUGCAAAUAAAAUGAGUUUUUGCUGGGAUUGAUAUAACUUUUGUUUGAUCCAGUUUGGAUUCCACUGCAUGCUUUUAAUAAAGAAAUGUUAUAAAAUGAGCUGUAAGAUGGAUUCCGAAAUUUUAAAAUUUACAUCGACUCUAAAUAUAUUUUAAAUAAAGCUGUCUAUUAUAAUUUUUCCCCCUUCAAUAUAUUACUCAAAUCAGUAUCUUUUGGUUUCACUUCUGAUAAAUAAUACAGAAAUUUGAUGGCAAUGCACAGAACGACAACCAAUCAGAGACACCAUCCAUAUGCAAGGUCAUCUAAAGAAAACAAUAGCAAAAAUUGCCAGGGUGAAAACGAUCGAAGAAUUGGUGAGACAGGCAUAGCCACUAAUGCUGAAAAUUGCAUAAUUUGCUUGGAAUCUGAGUUAGUCAGUGAUAUGUAUGCACUACCUUGUUCGCACUCUUUUCAUUCUAGUUGUAUUUUUAAAUGGUUUAAGAGGAAAUUGUCUUGUCCCAUUUGUCGCUUGAAACUCAACAAUAAUUUUGAACCGAAACUCAGAAAUCAGUUGUUUGAAGAACACAAUGAAUUCGAAGAGCACACCAACAUUGCAAAUUUUAUUCCGCUUGACAGUGAAUCCGACGAGGAAUCGUCUGACGAACUGUUGGAAUCCGACGAGGAAUCGUCUGACGAACUGUUGGAAUCCGACGAGGAAUCACCAGGCGAACUAAUGGAAUCCGACGAAGAAUUGUUUGACGAAUUACAGGAUUCCGAUGAAGAAUCGUUUGACGAAUUACAGGAUUCCGAUGAAGAAUCGUUUGACGAACUAUGGGAUUCCGACAUUGAUUCUGACGAGAGCGAAUCUGACGACGAUGAAUCUGAUGCUUAUUAGAAUCAUGAAGAAAACUACGAUUUAUUCAACUUUCAUGAUGAAUAUGUUGACUGAAUUAAUCUUCAAUAGUCCUUUGGAGUCAAAGAUGGCUUCAUAACUUACUUCAUUAGAAAAAUACAUUUUAACACUUAAAAAAAGAGGAAAUUUUCUUUAAUGAACA